AUGUCGGCUGCUGAUCAACGUGCAUUUAAAAAACUGAAAACAGAAGAACAAAAAGAAGAACAAAAAGAAGAACAAAAAGAAGAACAAAAAGAAGAACAAAAAGAAGAACAAAAAGAAGAACAAAAAGAAGAACAAAAAGAAGAACAAAAAGUAGAACAAAAAGUAGAAAAAGACCAACAGAAGGAAGAAGAUGAAAAUGAAGAUGAUAAAGAUGAAGAAGAUAAAGAUGAAGAAGAAGAUAAAGAUGAAGAAGAUAAAAACGAAGAAGAAGAUAAAGAUGAAGAAGAAGAUAAAGACGAAGAAGAAGAUAAAGAUGAAGAAGAAGAUGAAGAUGAAGAUGAAGAAGAGGAUGAAGAUCCAGAUCCAUUAUUUCAAUUUCUAAAAGAGUUGCACGAGCAUCGCAACGAUGCUGGCAAAUUAGGUGAAAUUCAAUCAUUAAUACAGUAUAAAAAGCGAAAUGCUGAAGCUGCAUUUAGUGAAUUAUUUACGAGAAAUUGUCCAGGACAAAAAGAUGAAGAAUUUUUACUAGGUGAAAUUGAUAAAUAUGAUCGGCGAUUAAAACUUGUUAAAGAUGCUAUUGAAAAAGCAUCAGCACCAUAA